GGGCUGGGAAGUGUGGUUUGCACGAAUGUGUAGGAAAGGCUCCCCUAGUCGCUCUAAUUCGGUCUCCACCUCUCUGCCCCCUCCCAUCACCACCGGGAGCCCGCCUCCCGAAUCCCCUCUCCUCCUCUCAGCAGCAGCCCCGGCAACCCCUCCCUUCCCGCUCCUCCCUCUCCAUCCCACGUUUUCCAGCCCGGCCCUUAAAGUGGGGGCCUUCGGGGCUGGCUGGUGUUGUGGCGGUGACCUGUGGCCACCCUGCAGCCGCACACCCUCGAGCCAUGUCCUGGGCCGCUCUGCUCGGCCUCCUGGCCGCGCUACUGCUGUUGCUGUUGCUGCUGAGCCGCCGGCGCGCGCGGCGACCUGGUGAGCCUCCCUUGGACCUGGGCAGCAUCCCCUGGCUGGGCCAUGCCUUGGAGUUUGGGAGAGACGCUGCCAGCUUCCUCACCAGGAUGAAGGAGAAGCAUGGCGACAUAUUUACUGUGCUGGUGGGAGGCAGGUAUGUCACCGUUCUCCUGGACCCACACUCCUACGACACGGUGGUAUGGGAGUCGCGGACACGGCUGGACUUCCACCCCUAUGCCAUCUUCCUCAUGGAGAGGAUUUUUGACCUGCAGCUUCCAAAUUUCAACCCCAGCGAGGAGAAGGCCAGGAUGAAGCCGCUGCUGAUGCACAGAGACCUGCAGGCGCUCACGGAAGCUAUGUACACCAACCUCCGCACGGUGCUGCUGGGGGACUCCACAGAAGCGGCCAGCGGCUGGCACGCGACAGGCCUCCUCGAUCUCUCCUACAGCGCCCUCCUCAGAGCUGGAUACCUGACCCUGUAUGGAGUGGAGGCCUCGCUGCGCACCCAUGAGAGCCAAGCGCAGGAUCGUGUUCACUCAGCUGACGUCUUCCACACUUUCCGCCAGCUGGAUCUGCUGCUCCCCAAACUGGCUCGAGGCUCCUUGUCAGGGGGGGAUAAAGACCAUGCAUGCAGUGUCAAAGGCCGCCUGUGGAAGCUGCUGUCCCCAGCCCAACUAGCCACCAGGGUUGACCGGAGCAGCUGGCUGAAGAGUUAUGUGAGGCAUUUGGAAGAGAUGGGGGUGUCGGAGGAAAUGCAGGCCCGGGCCCUGGUGCUGCAGCUCUGGGCCACACAGGGGAAUAUGGGUCCCGCGGCCUUCUGGCUCCUUCUCUACCUCCUCAAGAAUCCUGAGGCCCUUGAGGCGGUCCGUGAGGAGCUGAAGCGCGUUGUCUGGCAAGCGGAGCAGCCUGUUUCGGAGAUGAGCACCCUCCCACAGAAGGUUCUCGACAGCCUGCCUGUGCUAGACAGCGUGCUAAAUGAGACCCUCCGGCUCACGGCUGCCCCCUUCAUCACUCGCGAGGUCAUGGCAGACCUGGCCUUGCCUAUGGCAGAUGGGAGGGAAUUCUCUCUUCGACGCGGUGACCGCCUCCUUCUCUUUCCUUUCCUGAGUCCCCAAAAGGACCCGGAAAUCUACACGGAGCCUGAGGUAUUUAAAUACAACCGAUUCUUGAACCCCGACGGGUCGGAGAAGAAAGAUUUUUACAAAGACGGGAAACGACUGAAGAAUUACAACAUGCCGUGGGGAGCAGGGCACAAUCAGUGCCUGGGGAAGAACUAUGCCAUCAACAGCAUCAAACAGUGAGCUGGUGGCAAGGCAUGGGGGUGGC